GGGACACGCAAAACCUACUUUGCUUUGGACACUUCCGCGCGCAAGCGCAUGGGCUCCAUGGGAGAUGGCUGAAGAGGGGAGCUGGCUUCUGACCAAUCCAGAAGCAGGAGCUCCGACCGCCCGUGAGCGGCUGUGCGAAUGGGCUUGGGCGGUGAAGCACUGGUGGUGGGAGAUUACGGACCCCGUGAUUCUCAGCAGCCCUUGGCUUUGCCCCACUACUGGGCGCACCCUGCGAGUCCUCUGGGUCCUUGCUCAGUUCUUGGGUUGGUCCUACCUCAUCUUCCGGCAUCAAGGCUGGAAGGAAGCGCUGGAGGGCCCCUUGAGGGUGGACUUUGCCAUCUUGAUCUUGCUCUUGCUGGGCACGGUCUUCACCACACUGGCGAAACGGGAGGGUGUCUUGGGGAGCAUUUGCCUUUGUUUGGGAGUGAUGCAAAGCUUCGAGAUUCUGGCCCAUGUUGCUCCGGGAGAGGAGAACCACCAUUUGGUCAUUGCCUUUGUGGUGCUGUGCCACAGCAAUGUACACCCGGUGGCCCUCCUGAUUGUGUUGAUGUACUGCAUCACAUUUGCGUGGAGGUGGAGGGACAUCAUCGAGGAGAUAAGCAUUGAGUUUUCUGACAAGAGCCUCAGGAAGAUUUUGCACUACAUGGACGACAAAGAAAGAGGCUUCUGGCUCCACAAUAUCCUCUUUGAGUUCAUCAUGUUUGGAGGCUUUCUUUGGGACUUCACCUGCCGCGUGAAGUGCGUGGCGUCGGGAUGCUUCACCAACGGCGACAACGAGGACCCCUCAUCAAGCCCAGUCCUAGGGCGUCACGGGAGGCUCUUUUGCUGGGCAGCAGCCAUCAAUAGCUGGGUGUGGUGGUUGUGGCUGGUUUGGGCAAAACGGAAGAUGCUGGAGGAGGUGAAACCCCAUUGGAUGAAGUACUUCAAGGAGCACUUGCCCAGUGGUUCUUUCUAUUUUAUCCCCACGGUGCCCGUCCUGCUUCUGGUCUACUGCGGCGCGUCCGCCUGGGAGAAGGAUGUCACCUUGGCGGUUUCCUGCUGCAUUCCCCCCAUUUUCAUGUCUUUGGAGAUGACUUUGGAGCUUUCGGAUCCAAAUCACAUUGACUUCAUCGACGACCGAGCCCUGUGCCUCGUAGAGGUCCUUUUAGCAACUCAGAUCACACUCCAAGCAGGAUGCUACCCAUUGGUGUGCAUCAGCGCAAUGGGACUCACCAGCAUCUUGAUUUGCUUCACUUGGCCCUCCUGGCUGUUCCAGAAGAUGUGGAUGGACUAUCAAGAUCCAUCCACCCUGGUCCCAGUAGUGUUGGGCUUGGCUUGGAUCUUGGUCUUUUGUCACACCAUCACCUUCCACGCCCGCUGGCGCGCGAUCCGGGCCGGCAUGGAGCGCAGCGCCAGCAACGCCCAGUCCGCCCUGCGGGUCUUGGGGAUGGAGGUGGAGUUGGCACCACUUCCACGUCGUCCGUGCCUUUGCAUCGCUGCCCAUGGCGAGUGGGACUCACCGGGUGGGCCACUGUCGGCCAUGGGGCAACGGCAGGUGGCUGAACUGGCGGAAGCGCUGGAGAGGGAGGACCUGAGCUUCGACCGGAUCGUCUCCUCUCCUUCCACCGCCUGCUGGGAGACAGCCCAAGUCCUCGCUGAGCACUUCGGGAGUCAAGGGAGCAACGGUGCUGCAUCGAUGUCGGUGGUAGCGGAUGAGGAGCUGGAGCUUUUACCCGGAGAGCUGGAUGAUGCUGGUGGAGUUUCAGCGGAGGCACGAAGACGCUUUGCAGCAGCAUUCCUGCACCAGCUUGAGCAGUUGAAUUCGCUCGAGGGAGGUGUGCAGGGUCACUCAGCUGCAGUGGCAAGGUUGAACCAUAGUUGAACCGUAUAUGUCAAUGGCACCAGGUGCAUAAGUUGGUUUGACCACAGACAGAAUCAUCACGGCUAGGGUUUUUUUCUGCUCGAGCGAAUCUUCGAGGCCAUCCCUCACCCAUGAAGCGGAAUCCUCGACCUAGGGUUCGCCCAUGCGAAUGGUCAAGAACUUCGGAAUGGAUCAUGCGAAAGCCCUCGACCGACACCAUCCGACUGCGGUAUGUCGUUCUUCCUGAUCCCCCAAGAGGUCGACAGUCGUGCCGACUCCGUGUGACACUCCUGCAGCAACCACUGUACAGUACACGAAAGGGUAUUGUGUUGCAGUAGGAUAAUAGGGCUCAGAGCCGCUCGUUUCCGUACAGUCAUGAUGUGGUUUAUGUCUCCUUAAAGUACACCUUUAAGUGUUGGAAUGUUUUUGAAGAGAGGUGCAUCUGCAGGAUGUCUCUUGGUCACUCACUGCCACUAUCUCCAAGCCUCCGCCUGCGCUUUGCCUGCCUUGCGGCACCGGCCCAUCCACACCACGCGCGGCGCCGCGUGCCUGGUGGCGCUGCGCAUGCCCUCGGGGGGAGCGUGGGAGGCCUGGCUGCGGGGAGUGGGGAGCGCACAGCUUGGCUCGAGCCACGAGUUGGUGCCUUGGCUCAGCUUUGGCGAGACGAUACGCACAACGUCCCAAAAAGACCUGGGAUUUCAGUGACUUUUUGAACAUGAGGAGAUCCCCGUCACAUGUUUGUUCGGGGGUGGAUGUUUUCGCAAGGGUUGGCAAAGAGGUGCAUAUAAAUACCGAUCAAAACCAAAAACGGCCUUCAACAGCCGGGUCCCCACCGAGGCCAGCGCCUUGGCGGCGCUUCCCCCCCUGGAGACGUGCCGCGCGACCUCGGCGCUGCGCGGCUCCUCCAGCGCUUCGAGCCUCAGCAGCUCGGGCGACAGCGUGGCCUCCACCGCCAUGGUGGCAGCAGCCGAGAACGAAGGCUUCGAGAAAUACCCGAUGACUUGAAGCCGCUGACCCUGCUUCCCUCCAUGCGGACCCUGUCUCCGUCACCGGGGGACGACCAGGGUCUUUGUGCUUCCCACCGACUGCGGGUCCGGAGCACCGGAGGUUGACGGUGCUUUCCCGGAGCUGCGAAGCAGCCACCAAGAUCAUCCCGCCUUGGAUGACGUGGUGGAAGAAGGAAGACA